GACACCUUGGCGACCGCGAGUCUUCCUGGGGUCUGAAAUAUAUAUCAACAGAGAAACUGAGAAGAGGCCCUGGGUUUGGAAAUGUUAAAGUCUGAAGAUUAGAGUGAAACCUUUUCAAAACAACAUCCAUCCAAGAGAGGAAACGAGAGUACAAGACAGAAAGAAAGAAAGAAAGGCAGAGGAGAAGGGAAAGGGAGAGAACAACUGAUGGGCUGCUAUGUGCUCUCUGACCGUGGGAUCUACUGACUGGGAGUACCCUCAUCAGUGACGGACUUGACUGGCCUGAACGAAGUGCAAUGAUACAGUUAAAAGUAUUCUUAGGGGAAUUCAUAGAUUACAUAUUCCCUUCCAGUGUAGUUACUCAUUCACUGUGAGUGAGGCUCAGACAGGAUAGCUGUAUGGUGGAGAAGAAGCAACAAGAUGGAUUUUAGAGUGAUGGGGUCCUGUGUGGCCUUGGUGCCUGUCCUUCUGCUCCUGUCCUCCCUGCAGCACACCAGUGAGGCUGGAAGGGUCCUGGUCUACCCUGUCGACGGCAGCCACUGGCUCAACAUGAGGAUACUGGUGGAGGCGCUUCACACCCAGGGUCACCAGGUGACCAUUCUGCGCUCCUCCACCAGCUGGUACGUGGCUGAACACUCCCCCCACUACACCUCCAUCACUGUGCCCCAGGCUCAGCCCCAGAACAUCGAGAGUCAGGAGUUCAUGGCCCACUUCCUGAAGAGGUCGCUGGAGAUCCAGCGGGGCAAGGGCUCACCCUGGGCCUUCCUGCAGUUCUGUGGGAACCUCUUCAGCAUGCUGAGGCAGAACCAGGAGAUGGUGGCCGAGCUGGUCGUCACCAUGUUUGAGAACCAGACUCUGAUGACAGAUCUGAAAGAGGCUGAGUAUGACCUGGUCCUGACUGACCCAGUGUUCCCUGCCGGGGUCCUGGUGGCCCACUACCUCCAGCUCCCCCUGGUUCUCAAUGUGCGCUGGCACCUCAGCGGGGAGGGACACUUUGCCAUCGCUCCCUCGCCACUAUCCUACGUCCCUCAAAUAUUCUCCCGCAACUCUGACCUGAUGAACUUUGCACAGAGGCUGAGUAACAUAUUCUACCACUGUCUCAGCUACUACAUGUAUCGUUACGUCUCCAACCCGCCUUACCAGGCCGUGUGCGACCGCUACUUUGCCCCUGAAGAGGUGGACGUCAUAUCCCUUAUCCAGGGAGCUGAUCUGUGGCUGAUGAGGGUGGACUUCGUUUUUGAGUUCCCUAGACCCACCAUGCCGAAUGUGGUCUACACUGGUGGGUUCCAGUGCAAACUCUCCAAGCCUUUACCUGCAGCUUUAGAGGAGUUUGUCCAGAGUUCUGGAGAACACGGGGUGGUGGUGAUGUCACUGGGGACUCUGUUGGGUGGACUGGGUCCAGAGAUGUCAGAGGUCAUAGCCUCAGCCUUCGCCCGGCUGCCCCAGAAGGUGGUGUGGAGACACCUGGGAGAGAGGCCUUUGUCUCUAGGUAACAACACCCUGCUAGUGAAAUGGCUGCCUCAGAACGACCUCCUGGGUCACCCCAAAACCAAAGUGUUCGUCACACACGGGGGCACCAACGGGAUCUACGAGGCCAUCUAUCACGGAGUCCCAUUGUUGGGUAUCCCUCUCAUCUUUGACCAGUUUGAUAACAUGGUGCGCAUGAAGGCCAGAGGAGUGGCAGAGGUUAUAGAGGUUACAACGUUAGAGGUGGAAUUCUUAACACAGACUUUGAUGGGCAUUCUGGAUGAAGAGAAGCCCUACAGAGAGAAUAUGAGAAGACUAUCACGGUUGCACCACGACCGGCCUAUAGAACCUUUGGACAGCGCCAUCUUCUGGCUGGAGUUUGUUAUGCGCCACAAGGGGGCAGCUCACCUACGUACAGAGUCCUAUAAGAUGCCAUGGUAUGUCUAUCAUAAUGUGGAUGUUCUAGCACUGCUGCUGGGCUCUGCUCUGCUUGUUUUGGUGUUGCUUGUGGUUUCCUGUAUGUGCUUGGUAAGAGGAUUACGAAAGAGGAGAAAGUCCAAGUUGGAGUGAUUAUGUUACUUAUGGCCUACUUACUUAGUUAUUACACAGCUUACAAUCCAAGCAUACAGUAGAUAGAUAUGGGGAAAGCAAUUGCAAUUGUAUUUUAUGUAGAGAACCUUCCUAAUAUAUCAAAGAUAUAGGUUAUGUAUAUUUAUUACAUGCACUUUUUGAAUCAAGGUUUUAUUGGGUUAUUAUGAUGCAAUCCUGCAUUUGCUGUGUAUUUUCACUCAUGUUAUCAAUUUUAUAAUACACAGUGUAAAUGGUGACAAUUUUUAUUUGGAAUAAAAUGAGAAUACGUUCAAAUGAUGCGGAAUAAACAGCGAAAGUCUUCUUGAUAA